AUGUUGCGGGCCUGCGUGAUUGACUUUGGGGGUCAUUGGGAUCAGUUCUUACCCUUGGCGGAGUUUGCUUACAACAAUAGUUACCAUUCGAGCAUUGAGAUGGCACCGUUUGAGGCAUUGCAUGGUAGGAGGCUUCAUUCUCCGAUUGGUUGUUUGAUGCAUUUGAGGUUUGUCCUUGUGGGCAAGUUUAGUCCGAGGUACAUUGGCCCUGUUGAGAUUGUUCAGCGCAUUGGUGAGGUAGCCUAUGAGUUGGAUUUUUCACCCGGUAUAUUAGGUGUUCAUCUUGUAUUUCACGUUUCGAUUCUUAAGAAGCACUAUUUAGAUAGUUCUCAUGUGAUUCAGUGGGAUUCUAUGUUGCUUGAUCAGAAUUUGACCUUUGAGGAAGAGCUGGUUGCUAUUCUAGAUACACAUUCGAAAGUUGAGGUCCCAAGAGAUAGCUUCGGUAAGGGUUUAGAGGAAGCAUCGUUCGGUUGA